GUAUUGCUGGGCCAAGUGGAAAAAUCGUGUGAGGAGACAGAUGACCCCCACAGUUUCAAGUCGUACAAGAAGGCCCUGAUGUUGUCCUAGUGUUGUUCCUCUACCUCGAGUCAGUAUGUCGAAGAAAUCCAAGGCCCCGCUGUCCUUGUCCGACUGCCUCUGCCAGAUUUGCAUGGAGAUCUUUGUGGAGCCUGUCACGCUGCCGUGCAGCCACACCCUGUGUAACUCCUGCUUCCAGAUGACCGUGGAAAAUGCCAGCCUUUCUUGCCCCUUUUGUCGGCGUCGAGUCUCUUCCUGGGCACGGUACAACACCCGCAGAAACACUCUGAUCAACUGGGAGCUCUGGGAGAAGAUUCAGAAGGAUUACCCCGAGGAGUGCGAGCGCAGGAUGAACGGACAGGAUUUGGACGAGGAAAUCUGUCUCCCCAAGCCACAGCACCAGCUGAGCAAGCCUGGGGAGCUGAGGCAGGAAUAUGAAGCAGAGAUUAGUAAGGUGGAGGCAGAAAGGCGAGCACAUGAACAGGAGGAGAACAAAGCGAGUGAGGAGUACAUCCAGCGGCUGCUGGCAGAGGAGGAGGAGGAGCACAGGCUGGCAGAAGAGAGAAGGAAGGAGAUGGAAAAGCAGCUGAAGCAAGAUGAAGAGCUGGCCUGGCAGCUCAGUAACAGCCUGAAUGAAGAUCCUGAGGGACACGUGCCUGGCAGCCUGUCACCAGCACACAGCCUCUCCCUUCCAACAUCCCCACUGAACCUGAGCAAGGCAAAGAACAAACCAAGCAACUCUGGAGACAUUCAGAAGUAUCUGUCUCCAAAGAAUUAUGGUAUGUUUGGAUCAGUAUCAUCCUCCAGUACCACAGGAAGAGGCAGGAGCAACUCUAUCUCUGGGGAGACCAACAGCAAUGAAGGCAGCAGUUCUGCAGUGCAGGAUGAGCAAGAAGAAAUGCCAACCCUGUCUCCACAGCUGACCAGUGUAAAUAAAGAUUCUGGAGCUAAGGAUUCAUUUUUGGAAUCAUGCAUGAACUAUUUCAGUGCCUCAGCUUCAGGUGAAACUGCCACUGUCAAGGAGGAAAAAACACCAGGACCAAAUGGUUUAGAAGAUGGAGUUCCAGAUGCACUUCAUGGAACCACAGAAGGGGAAGGGUCUAGGACAGUUCUUCUUACAUCCAAUGGAGAUGAUGAUGAUGGAAUUGAGUCAGACAGUGGCAAUUUGACACAUGUCCAAAGGGUAAACCUUGAAAAGGCUGAUGGAACCUGUACCUCUGGUCAGUUAGGAAUGAACUGUGUGAUGUCUGUGUUGCCUGGUCUGGGGAAGGAGGCUGGAUGCUCACAUGAAGAGACACCAGAAAAGCCACAGAACUCUAAGGAGACUCCCAAAAGGAAGUUAGUGGAGGUCCCAGCUGAUGCCAUGAUUGACUUGGACAUUCUUGAUAAGAGGAGAAGAACCUUUUCAGAAAGUGUAGAAGACCAAGGAGAGCAGAUGAAUGAUUUUAACUUGCAGACACAAAGAGCCUUUGAGCAGGAGUUCUAUGAAAGGCGCAGGCAGGAGGAGCAGGACAGGCUCUUGGCUCUGCAGCUGCAGAAGGAGCUGGACAAGGAGGAGAGGACACUGAACAGACAGAAGGGCUCUCCUGAUGAGUACCUGCUUCGUACCAAACCACCUCGCUCUGGGAAAGACUCUGCUGCCAGGAAGGGAAGCUCCAAGGGGGCAAAAGACUCAAAGGGAUCAAAAAGUCAGGCUGAAAACAAUCACCACAAGACUAGGAAAGGUUCCUGCAAUGAAAACUGGCAGACCCCUGCCAGGGUCCGGGUGAAAUCCCCCAGCAUCAAGGAAGGAAAGGUUUUGAAUUGUGUGGUUAAUACCAGUGACACAAAUGAUAUUUGUUCAUUGCCUAAGAACAAGCAAAAGACAAUCCUGCAGAUGUUUAAAAGCCCUGUUGCAGAGUAGAUGAGAGCCAUGGACACAUGGUGGAAUGGGAAUGGGAACUGUGGUGAUGUUCUCCUGUGCUAGGCAAAGCUUCCCUAAGCAGUUUUGAGUGGUUGUCUUGGAGGGGAACCACUUUGGGCAGCAGUUCUGUGAGUUCUGAGAAGUUCUAGCAACAUACACCACCAGAAUUUACCAUUUUUUAAUUGUUCCUUUCUUGAAUAUUAUUUUCUAGCACUUGCAGCACUUCUUGCAGGUAUGGGAGUAUUUCUUAUUUUCUAACUUGCAUUUACAUGGUUUGGAGUGUGAAUACUGGUAGUGUUGGAAAGCAAUGAUAAGUGAUGGUCUGAUCUGGAAAUGAGAAUCUGAGGCCUUGAAUGGAAAAAAUGCCCAUUCCAUGGAGGAAGGAAAUGAAAAACGAGUUUGUAUUCCCAGCUGGCUGUCAGCUGCAAGGUUGAAGCUUCCCUCAGCACAAGCACAGUUCUGUAAAUUGCAGCACCUUGCUGGAAUUUAGGCAGUUGCUGCAAUUGCAUUGUUGGCACACCCAUUAACAGGAGUGUCAGCAGACAGCCACUCUUUUCCUCUCAUGUGCUAACCCCUCCCUUCAACAAAAAGGAAACAAACAGGUCAUUCUCCCCUGGCAAAGCCAAGGAUCCUUCAUGGAUGCCAAGGCUGUGGGCUCCCAUUCACCUCUGUUCACAGAGAUCCCUCCUGCAGACCCCAUUUUCCCUGUUACGAACAGGAUACUUUUGUUUUCUUGUUGUUAAUAUCCUGUUAAUGGUACCUAUGAAUGUACAAUGGUGUUACUAUACUUAAUGCUGUUUCAUUUUCAUAUCAAACUGGUUUGAAUGUGAUUAGAACAAUAGUCCAGAAGCCAGUUAUGAUGGAGAAAGUUGAAAGGGAAAGAAGCAACUGAAAGCUGGAGUUGUCAGUAAUGAUAACUGUAAUUAGAAAUUCACAUAACUGCCCUGCCUGGCUGUAACUGUUCCCCUCCAUUUUUAGAGGCACUACUAAAUACUGUUCCUGUUGGGUUUAAAACUGAACUCCUCAAAAAAAUUCUAAUUUAGAUGUGGAGGUGCUGAGGCCUGUAGGAAGUUGAGGCUGGGGAGGAGGCUACCAGAUCCUACUAUGCAGAGGAAGUUUUCUUGUUUCAUCUGUUGUUUUAUGAAGCCAUAUUUUGGCUUUUUGCUUCUUUGGAGCUACUUUUGCACUGUCUGUGUUUGAAAUGGAGCCAAGUGCCAGCUGCAGUGCUGAAGAGUGUGUGCUAGUCAUCAAAGUCAGCAGAUGUUUGAGUUCUGUCCUUUUUUUGAACCCCAUUGAUGACUUUAAUUCUGUUCUAGGACGUUCCUAACAGACUUGUUUCUUCAGCAGCAUCUUCUGAUGGUUUAAGUUUCAAAGAAACAAAUUUUAUGGAAAGCAUGACCAGCACACUGAGCCAAAAAUAUGAAUUGUUGGGAUUUUUUUUUUCCCCAGAGCCUGCACAUCUUUAUCAUUGGUGGGCUCCUCAUAAAUAAAUAAAUAUAUGUUCUGUUCAGAGAUGUUUUUUGAGAAAGUUACAACAGGUGACCAGUGGCAAAUAAUUUGCUUUUUCUCCUGCUGCCUCAGCCAUUGUUCUGGAAGCUUUCCUUCAAUGUGGGUCUGUUUUUCCUUAAUCCUUAACACAGUUGGGAUUAUUUUCUGGUUUACCCAUGAUGUCAAAAAAAACUUAAUUAAAGGGGUUUUUUUAAGGCAGAG